GCGACGACGACGCCGGACGUCGCGACGCUCGCCUAAGCACGCUGCGAUCACACUUCGCGCCAUCGCGUUUUUUUUCGAAGUGCCCAGUUAUGUCUAGUGCGCCCAAAGAAAAUUAAGCAGACCAGCCAGCAGCGAGACCUCGGCGCUACCACGGAUGAGGAAGGGGAUGGAGCCGAAGCUCAUCAAGGAGGAGAACGGAGAGAAGGAGGGGGCGCAAGGGUACGGCGAGACGCCGAGGACGAGGGCCAAAGUGACAACGAAAGACCGCUGUAAGACACCCGACUCCCCCGAAGGAGCCCGCCAGGCGGCAGCCCCUCUCUCCCCCACACAAUCAUCGCCCCCGCGCCACCCCACCAAUGGUACUUCCUCACCUGUCAACAACGGCUCUACUGAUAGUCUGACACCACCACUGCCUGCCUCUACCGCUCUUUCCGUAAAUCUAGAGGCCUCCCAAGCCCAGCAGUACCACGGAAACUACUCCAACAUCACCAGACCGUUGGUCAAAGUCAAAAGGUUCCUGAGCACGUUGGUACAGUUCGGGAGCGACAUCGGGGCCGACAUUGGGGAGAGAGUCCGCAGUCUGGUCCUUAAUUUAGUUAGCUCCAACCUGAGCAUAGAAGAAUUCCACCACUCCCUGCAGGACGUGACCAACUUCCCCCUGCGGCCGUUCGUCCUGCCGUUCCUGCGGACGCAUCUGCCGAUCCUGCAGCGCGAGAUCCACGCCUUGGCCCGCGCAAAUAAACAGUCUCCCCUGCAGUACGUCCGCUCCCACGACCACGUCAUCCUCGACUCGACCCACUCGCCGUCCGAGCUGUCCGAGAUCUUCAUGUCGAGCGAGACCGGCGGCCUCAAGCGCCGCGCCUCCGACAGCAUAUACGAAAACGGCACUAACGGCCAGUCCCACGACCCCCAAGACUGCCUCUCCGUCAAGCGCCCCAUGAACUCCCAGAACACCUUCCUCUUCUCCCACCAGAGCCUGCUCCUACCCAAUAUGGGCUCCACGGUGCCUAGCUCUCACCUUUUCGACUACAACCAGCACAACCAUUUGCCGCAGCGCGUGGAGGACAACAACAACAACCCCAACCGGGGGGACGAGGAGUGGAGGAAUAUUCACGUCAUGCUCAACUGCAUCCUGUCGAUGGUGGAGAAGACCAAACGGGCGCUGACGAUUCUGCAGCAGCGGAACAGCCAGGAUUUGACCAAUGAGUGGCUGCGGAAGCAGGACGUCAGCGUGGAUUUGAAGAAGGCGGCCAACGAGAUUAUGCUCCAGGCCGUGCGGCAGACGGAGGAUCGGGUGGCGGAAGUGAGGCGGCGGGCGGAGGACGCGGUGAACGACGUGAAGAGGCAGGCGGUGAUCGAGCUACAGAAGGCGGUGGCGGCGGCGGAGAGCAAGGCGAACGAGCUGGUGGCGGCGGAAAGGGCCAAGAUGGAGAAGAUUUUGGCUGAAGCAAGAAAACACAGCGACGAAACCCAAGAAAGUGUCGACAACAGCUUAUCGCCGCCGGCGUCCCAACCGCAACCUUCGCAACAAAACUCCUGCUGGAACUGCGGCCGCAAGGCCCACGAGACCUGCUCCGGAUGCAGCGUCGCCCGCUACUGCGGCCCCUUUUGCCAGCACAAAGACUGGGAGAACCACCACCAGAUCUGUUCGAAGGACAAGUCGAGGCCGCUCCGAACGUCCACUCCUAGCACCACGGCGCCACCUACGCACAUCGGCCAGAACGACAGCGUCAAAUUCAAGAAGUGACACUUGAAGAAGAACCGCAAGUGUAGGAAAUUUUAACCGUCAUUCAACGUUAAGUCAUUAUUAUAAGCAUGCUGAUCAUCGUUAUUAUACAUUUGUUCCUCAUUAAUACCAAAGAAGCACAUGUAGUACUCUCUAUGUGUCUUGUUGUAUAUUACCGGGACGACGCUGGAUUCCAGGGGCGUACAAAUCGUGGGUUUCGAAAAUUGUUUCCAAAUUAAAACAAAAAUCUGGUGUGGCGCCAUUUUGCGUCUGUAACCACGCCCCUCCGGCAUCGGCGUUACGUGAUUUCUUACAAACCUUGACUUUCUAACAGCAAAGAUAAAUGGAUGCACCCAUUGGUUGUUUUGUGCGGAUCAAUUUAUCUUUGGCCACUUUUGUUGUAAUAACAAUCUAGUCACUUGAAAAUCAGUUUACUAACCACAAAUUUAGUUUAAUAUAAAAAGCAAUUCGGUUAGUAAAUUGGUGUUCAAAUUCUCAGGUCGGGACACUACUAAGGUUACCCUAAUGACUUUAGGUAGU